CCACUGGGUAAAUUUCACUCCAAAUAUCACAUUCCAUGCCUAUCAUUUCUAUGGAAUAAUUGCCAGGCUGAAAUCCAAACCACAAUGGCUUCAGCCCGCGCGAAGUUGGCGGAGCUCCGCGCUCUUCGUGCCGCCGGAAAGAAGCGUCUGUCAACAUACGAGGUCGAGGAACAGGGCGAUAUUUACGAGGAAGUUGACGAUGAUGGUUACAAGAAAAUCAUCCGCAACAGACUUGACGAGGACGACUUCGUUGUCGACGAUAAUGGCGAGGGAUACGCAGACGACGGUCGAGAAGUCUGGAACGAACAAACGGGACAAUACAGUGAUGAGAGCGAUGAUGACGACUUACCAGCUAGGGGGAAAGCUGCUAAGCGUAAGCGCGAGGAGGAGAAGCAACGGAAGGAGAAGAUCAACAAUGGGAUUUCAAAAUACUUCAGUAGUGGAGCUGCGGCGCCGACUCCGAAACCCAAGCCUGUUGCUACUGCGGAAGAUGAUGCCUUUCUCGCGGACCUGCUUGGCGAGGUCGACAAUAAUGUAGUCUCGAACACGGUUCCUAAGCACAAUGUCGUUAAGUCGGAAACACGGCGCAAAGUCCGCAUUCUAUCUCCUCCGCUCUCUGAAAAGACGCGCACAUCGAAGCCUGCGAUUAAAGACGAAAAUAGUGGUCCAGUUCCUCCGGUUGCCGAAGAGCCGGUUCUGGACAUGGACAACGGGGACGGGCCUCUUGACACAAACGACGAUAUCCCAAUGAGCGACACGAUGCCAUCCUCCCCCGUCACGAAAGCGGUCGAGAGGAAAAGCGCAGUCCUCAUAAAGGAAGAGCCGGAAGACGAUGAUGAUAAUAUGAUGGAGGUCGUCCAAGCUACCGGUCAUGACGAAGCCAAGGCACCAAGUGUCAACAUUUCUGGCAGUAGGCCUCCGCCCAAAAUCAAAAAGCAGCCUUACGCGACUCCUGCUAGUUCGUCUCCGGUCAAGUCUGCAGCAGAUGUUAAUGCUUCGUGGAACGAUGUGCGCAACAAAUUGAACGUGCUCAAUAGCCCAGCGUCAACUGAGACACGUGCCUUUGGCAAGUUACGGCCCCAGGAUGUGGCUGAGCAAGACGGGAGUCUGCGCUUCUUCUGGCUCGACUAUACUGAAGUUAACGGCAGUCUCUGCUUAUUCGGAAAGGUGAAGAACAAGCAGAACGGAUCCUACGCUAGUGCAUUUGUCAAGGUCGACAGCAUCCUCCGCAAGCUUUACUUCCUCCCCCGUGAGUACAGACACAAGGGCGGUCGAGAGACUGACGAAGAGGUCGACAUGGAAGAUGUUUACCACGAAGUCGACCAGAUGAUGUCGAGACUCAGAGUGGGCAUGCACAAGAUCAAAGCAUGCACCCGCAAGUACGCCUUCGAGAUGCCUGGUAUACCAAAGGAAGCUGAGUAUUUAAAGCUACUCUAUCCUUACGACAAGCCAGCGCUACCCAUGGACACCAAGGGAGAGACCUUUUCUCAUGUUUUUGGCACAAACACCUCAUUAUUUGAGCAGUUCGUUCUCUGGAAGAACAUCAUGGGCCCAUGCUGGCUCAAAAUCGAAGAAGCCGAUUUCUCUGCCGUCAACAAUGCUUCGUGGUGUAAGUUUGAAUGUCAGACCUCGAAGCCCGGGCUUAUCAGCCCAGUCCCCGAUUCUGAAAACCUCGACCCACCAACUCUCACCUUGAUCAGUCUUGCUUUCCGAACGCAGCUCAAUGUAAAAGAGAACAAGCAGGAGAUCUUAGUCGCCAGCGCUCGAGUUUACGAGAAUAUCUCUCUCACCGAGACGACUCCUCCAGAGAAGCUUCCUUGCAAGACGUUCACUGUGAUGCGGCCAGCUGGUUCGUCGUACCCUGUGAACUUUGAGGCAGAAAUCCGGAAGCAACGGGGCACGUACAUGCUGGAGAAGAGUGAGCAAAUGCUACUCAGUAAAUUUCUAGCUCUAUUCGAAAGAAUGGAUCCGGAUGUCCUGAUGGGGCAUCAGCUCCAGGAAGUCGACCUCAGUAUCUUGCUCAGCAGGCUCAAAGAGAAAAAGACCCCUGGGUGGCAUCGCCUUGGACGACUCAAGCGCGGAGAGUGGCCUAAAAAUUUCAACAAGGGCGGUGGUUUCUUCACCGAGCGACACCUAGUAGCGGGAAGAUUGGUGUGCGAUGUAGCUAACGAUAUGGGCAAGUCACUCAUGAUGAAAUGUCAAUCCUGGAGUUUGACGGAAAUGUGCGAUCUUUACCUUGGGUCUGGCAACGGGCGGCAAGACCUAGACAUCGAUGCGGCACUAAAGACUUGGGCAACCUCGAAAGACGGGCUUGUCAAUUUCGUUACCCAUUGCGAUACCGAUACCUACUUUAUUGCCGCCUUGGUACUGAAGCUUCAGAUGUUGUCCUUGACCAAGGUACUUACGAACAUUGCCGGCAAUUCUUGGGCUAGAACACUAAGUGGUACUCGCGCUGAGCGUAACGAGUACAUUCUGCUGCAUGAGUUCUACAAAAACAAGUACAUUUGCCCAGACAAGUAUUCGUCUAAGCUGCAGAAGGCGGAAGAAAUCGCCCAAGAAGGGGACGAGGAUGACGCAACGGAUAAGAAGAAAAAGGACAAAUAUAAGGGUGGUCUCGUUUUCGAGCCUGAGAGGGGUCUAUAUGACAGAUACGUGCUUGUCAUGGACUUUAACAGUCUGUACCCCAGUAUUAUUCAAGAAUACAAUAUCUGCUUCACAACGGUGGAUCGCACAUCCUCGGCCGAGAACGAGAAUGACGAAAAAGUGCCAGAAGUCCCCGCGUCCGACGCGGAGCAGGGUAUCCUACCUCGUCUUAUUGCAACUCUUGUCGGUCGUCGACGAGAGGUCAAGAAGCUGAUGAAGGAUAAACGGGCGACGCCCGAACAGCUCGCCUUGUGGGACACAAAGCAGUUGGCCUUCAAACUUACCGCUAACUCCAUGUACGGAUGUCUUGGAUACACACAGAGCCGCUUCUAUGCUCGUCCCUUGGCCAUGCUCACGACGUUUAAAGGUCGUGAGAUUCUACGAAGCACUAAGGAGCUAGUAGAGAGCAAACAGCUGAGGGUCAUAUAUGGCGAUACCGACUCCGUCAUGAUCAACACCAAUAUGGACACUAUCAGUGAUGCGCUCAAGGUCGGGGAGGAGCUUAAGACUGCCGUAAACGAACGGUAUAAGCUGCUGGAAAUCGACAUUGAUAACGUCUUCCGCCGUCUCCUCCUGCACGCCAAGAAAAAGUACGCUGCCAUCAAUAUGACCGAAGUGGACGGUAAAUACGUUGACAAGCUCGAGGUCAAGGGUCUCGAUAUGAAGAGGCGUGAGUACUGUGCGCUUUCCAAGGAGGCUUCGCAGCGUCUUCUGAAUGAGAUCCUUUCCGGCGACGACCAGGAGCUUGUUCUGAAUCGUGUUCACGAUUAUUUGCGUGAGCUAGCAGGCAAUAUGAGGGAGUAUACUAUUCCUGUUCAGAAAUACGUGAUCUACACGAAAUUAUCUAAACGCCCGGAAGAGUACCCCAACAAGGAAACGAUGCCUCCAGCUCAAGUUGCAUUACGAGAACUAGCGCGAGGCAAGACAGUCCGACCCAAUGAUGUGAUCUCUUACAUUGUCACAUCCGGCGACUCAGAAACCUCCUCUCUUCCCCCAGCCAAACGCUCUUACACCCUCCAAGACGUAAUUAAGCCAGACUCAAGGCUCAAACCCGACAUCGAGUUCUACCUCCUCAAACAAAUAUUCCCCCCCAUCGAACGUCUUUGCGCCCCAAUACCCGGCACUGACGCCGUCCGCCUAGCCGAAUGCCUAGGUCUUGAUGUCCGAAAAUACCAAAUAAACACAACCACCACAAACAGCACCCAGAAUACCGAGAUCUUCCCGUUAGAAUCCCAGAUUCCUGACUCUGUCCGCUUCGAAUCCGCUGCCAGACUUACCCUCACCUGCCGCCGCUGCAAGGAACGCUCCGUCUUUGAGGGGCUCGCAGCCUCAAUCCACAUGUGUAAACCCACCGGCUUGUUCUGCCCUAACUCUUCUUGUGGAAACCCAAUCUCAACUCUCACCAUCAUCGCCCAGCUCGAGAGUCAGAUCCGCGCCCAGACCUCAAAGUACUACGAGGGAUGGCUUGUCUGCGACGAAUCAACAUGCGGCAACCGAACACGCCAAAUCAGCGUGUAUGGGCACCGCUGUCUGGGUCCGCGUGGGCAGGCAGAAGGGUGCCUGGGACGCAUGGCGUACGAGUAUUCCGAGAAGCAGAUGUACAACCAGCUAUUGUACUUCGCCAGCCUAUGGGACGUCGAUAAGGCGCGGGCCGCGGCGGAGAAAGAGAGCAAUGAGGAGAAGAAGGAUAGCAUUGCAGCUUUGGUGGAGUUCAAUCGGGUACGCUUUGGGACGAUAAAGGGGGUCGUUGAUGCUUACUUGAAGAAGUGUGGAAGGCAAUGGGUUGAGAUGGAUGCCUUGUUUAAGUUUAUGUUGGCUUAG